AAGUUUGGGAUUAUUUAAAUCUACUAUCCCAAUUUGUAUCUAUUGAGUUGAUUAGUAGUAUUGUAGAAAGUAAUCAAAGUUAUGGUAUUCAAGCAUUCCACGAACACCAACUAUAUUCGAUAGUGAGUUCAAACCCAAAUCAAUCAUGGAAGCUGACGGAAUCUUGUCUUGUUUCCACAAUAUUAGCAACGAUCCAGUCAACCCGUCGUAUAUUCAUUUCCUCCACAACAAUGGCAAACACCAGACCAUAACUUCACUUCACUUCACUUGUAUCUAUGUAGGGGCCCCUUUCUCUCUCUCAUCAUCAAUCAUCUCCCUUACCGACACUAAUUUCAACCAAUUCUAGGGUUUAUUUCAUUCAUACAUCAAUUUCCUGUUCGAUUAACCUCUACGGAGUAAAUCACCAUAAAGCUUCUUUAAGAUGAUCAUCUUUUUGCAUAGUAUUUGAAGUGGAUAUUGAAAUAGUUCAGCAUCCGGAUUUCUUUUUUUGGUACGGAUUCUGCGAGUGUUAGGUGAUGGCAGAUGAAGUAGUCGGAGACUCGAAAUGGACUAGAGGGCAGGAUAGGGCGUUUGAGGAUGCGCUGGUUGCGUAUUAUAAAGAGGAUUCUGAGGAUUGUUGGGAGAAGAUUGCGACCGAUGUUGCAGGGAAGUCGGUGGAAGAAGUUAAACAUCAUUAUGAGUUGUUAGUUGAUGACCUGGACCGUAUUGAGUCGGGGAUCGUACCUUUGCCUAGUUAUAGUACGUCUUCUGAUGACUCAGCAAGCCAUGGAGGUGAUGAUGGAACUAGUAAAAAAGGUGGUGAAUCUGUUCAUGGAGGUAAGUCGUCAAAAGCAGAUCAAGAACGGCGGAAAGGUGUUGCUUGGUCAGAAGAUGAACAUAGGUUAUUCCUUCUCGGUUUGGAAAAAUACGGUAAAGGCGAUUGGCGAAGUAUAUCCAGGAACUUUGUUGUGACAAGAACGCCAACUCAAGUUGCAAGUCACGCUCAGAAGUAUUUCAUUCGUUUAAAUUCAAUGAACAGAGACAGAAGGCGAUCAAGCAUUCACGACAUAACAAGUGUCAACAACGGUGACACAUCAGCACCUCAAGCUGCAAUCACGGGUCAAACAAGCACUUCUCCUGCAGGUAAUUCAGGCAACCAAAAUCUUCAAGUCAGCUUCGUUGGAGGAACAACCGUAGGGCAACCAGUAGGACUACCACUAGUUUCAGCAGUAGGUACACCUGUAAUUCUUCCACCACCAGCACACAUUGCAUAUGGUAUCAGAGCACCAGGCCAAGUGGUCCCCGGUGCCCCGAUGAACAUGGGUCCCACAUCAUCCCGUAGGUGAACUUGCAAGGAUAAUCCCUAGUGGAUGAUGCAAAACGUUGCUGCUUUUACAUUGUUCUAAAAGCGCGCUUGUGCACAUUUGAAGCUGGAAUCCUGUGAACCCGCGUGCAGAUGAGUGUAUGCACUGGUGUGUGAUUCUGUAAACAGUUUAUGCAUGUACUAUGACUGAGAUCGAUAAUUGUUCUCACUUGUACAAAGCAUUAUGCUGACAUCAUAUGUUUAUUUACAUGAAAUUAGGAUCUAAUUAAGUCUAUUUAGGUCCAUAAUGUUGUUUCCACUUGCAUUAAAAUAAUUUUCUGUGUUUUCUCUC